AUGCUUCAUAGGUUUUGUAGGUUUUUAAAAUACAAACCAACUUCACAUACAUUAAUACAAGAAUUUAUUCAGGACAAGGGAACGUUAUUAAACGUAAAAAAUGCUUCAAUUGAGCAGUUUAAAAAGGAAAGAAAUAAAACCAAUGUCCUGUUUACAAAAUUAAGAGAAGCAACUCGGGGGUUUUUGGCGAAGGAUAGAAGGACGAUUGUAAGAAGCGUAUCGGAGCACAUUGGAUCUAAAACAAUACAAAGGGAGCUUAAAGGAUCACAAGUUACAACAAAACCUAUAGUUGGUUAUUGGUUACUCGGAACAGCAGGGCUGGUGUUUGGAAUUGUAGUUUUAGGUGGUUUGACCAGACUGACUGAAAGUGGACUUUCGAUAGUUGAAUGGAAACCAAUAACUGGUGUGCUCCCUCCUUUAACUAAAAAUCAAUGGGAAGAAGAUUUUGAAAAAUACAAACAAUUUCCAGAAUACAAAUUGUUGAAUAAUCAAAUGACAUUACCUGAUUUUAAAUAUAUUUAUUAUAUGGAGUGGGGUCAUCGUAUAUGGGGUCGUGUAAUUGGCUUGGCUUUUCUUUUACCGGCAACAUAUUUUGGAAUUCGUGGUUAUAUGUCUAAAUCCACAAUCAAAAAAGUUAUAGGUUUAGGUGGACUCCUCGGGUUUCAAGGUUUUUUAGGUUGGUAUAUGGUCAAAUCUGGAUUAUCUGACGAGUUGAUGACAUCGGGAGCCGUCCCUCGUGUAAGCCAAUAUAGACUGGCAGCGCAUUUAGGAAGUGCAUUUUUACUUUAUUCUGGAAUGGCCUUAACUGGUUUACAAGUUUUGCGUGAUGCAAAAAUAGCCAGAGGAACUUUUCCUAAGAAUGUAACCUAUGCUCUUUCAAAUCCUGUGCUUAAUAGAUUUCGUUUACUAACCAAUUUUACAGCUGCAUUGGUGUUUAUAACUUCGAUGUCAGGAGCUUUGGUAGCAGGUUUAGAUGCGGGACUUAUUUAUAAUGAAUUCCCAUAUAUGGGCAAUAAUAUUAUACCACCUUCAUCAGAAUUAUUUUCAAAGGAAUAUAGUGGACCAGAUGAAAAGAAAAUAUGGAGAAAUUUUUUUGAUAAUCCUACUACAGUUCAAUUUGAUCAUAGAGUUCUGGCAGUCACAACUCUUACAACUAUUUCAUCAUUGUGGUUUUAUUCACGUUUUGUUCCUCUUACCAGACAAGCUCGUCUUGCAUGCAAUUUUCUUUUAGGAGUUGGAUGUUUGCAAGCCACAUUAGGAAUUUGUACAUUGAUUUAUAUGGUUCCAAUUUCAUUAGCAUCAACUCAUCAAGCUGGCAGUUUAACAUUAUUAUCAACUGCUUUAUGGUUACUACAUGCAAUGAAAAAAUUUGAAAGAUAUGGAAAAGUUUUAGGUGUAGAUGUUAAACCUAUGGGGUAUGCAUUUGUUGAGUUUGAGGAUCCACGUGAUGCUGAUGAUGCAGUAAAACAAUUGAAUGGAUAUGAAUUAGAUGGCGCUAGAAUUGCCGUAGAAUGGUCACGUAGAUCUGGUGGACCUGGAAGUGGAUGUUUUUUAUGUGGAGGGCAAGGUCAUUGGGCUAGGGAAUGUCCCGACGCUAGAGAAAAGGGUAUGGAUGUUAGAAGUGGAAAAUGUUUUCGAUGUGGUGAAAUAGGUCAUUUAGCAAAAUAUUGCAGAGGAAAACCAGGAGGUGGUAAUGGCGGUGGCGGCGAUUAUGAUCGUAGAGGUCAUUCUUCUCGAUAUUCAAGAAAUAGAUCACCUCCUUAUUAUUCGCGUGGUGGUGGGGGCGUGCAAGAAAAUAUUAGUCAAACAUCCGGACAACAAUAG